AUGUCUCCAAGUUCACCAGAUACACCGUCACAAGAAAAUGAUACUUUUCCAUCAGAUUUACUUUCUGAUUCAACAUUCUUUUAUAAACGCUUUGGUAGAGGGCAUUCACAUUCUCUUUCCAUCGAUUCAACAAUGUCCAUAGAUCAACAUCCAGUGGUAUAUUCAUUUUCACAUGCUUUACUUUCCACCACUUACGAAACAAAUAAAGACUCAACUCCAGAGUUAACUCCAAAUUUUGUGACUCCAAUAGAUACUUUCACCCAGAGAUCUUCAUCACCAAAAACUCCUUUUUUCACAGAACAUUCAUUAUCAUCAACUUCUGUUAAUACGUCACCAGUGAGUUCAUCAGGAAAAUCAGCAUCGUUGGUGGAAAAUCAACCUCGUAAACUUUUAUUACAAUCACCCAUGCAACAGAUUAUGAAUAGUAGCAGUGUGCAAGAUCGUUAUUUAUUUCUUUUCAAUGAUUUAUUAAUCAUUGCUAAACCUAUUAAUGCCAAUUCACAAAAAAACCAUGUAUCCACUACAGAGAAACUAUAUCAAGUUAAACAUAUCAUUGGAAUGCAUCAAAUUAUCCAAAUUGCUCUUACUAUGCAAGAAGAUCGUGAUGCAGCUUUGAUUAAUAAAACACCGAAAAGAGAACCUUCUGUUAUGGCAACAUUUUCUCGAAAAUUUUCCACAGAUCCUCAUGGUGCAAUAGUUGACAUGUUAGAGAGACGGCAUAUAAAAAAUGAUCCAGUUCAUAUUGCAGCAUUUCUUUUUAAAAAGUCCGAAUUAAGCAAACAAAUGUCAAUAAAGUUGACGUUUGCUAUGUUAGAUCUCAAUUGCGGAUUACACGAACGACAUAAUUCUAUGUAUAAUCAAAAUGUCAAGAAUGCCAAAAGGACUGAUUUCAUCACACUUCAAGACUUUGUGAAUCGAUUUCGUCGAGAAAGUGAUCAAUUUUGCUUAGUUCCUGAUGAAUUAUUAGAAAAAAUAUAUUAUUCAAUUUACGAAGAUAAAUUAGUGUUUGCAUGGGACGACACACUCGAAGAUAUCUCACCACAGAUACCAAUAAAACUUCAUCCAGCGAGAUGGCCAACUCGACUUACCCUUCUUACCCCUUCAGAUCCUAUCACCAUCACAAUUCCCCAUCCUGAUCCUCACUUUGCUAUAAGACUUCAUGGACAAGAUUUGAUAUUUGAUCCGCCUUUGCUUGAUUUCACACAUACAAAUUCAUGCACUUUUACCAUAACAGGAAAGACAUUAGGCCUACAUUCCAUGGUACUUAUUAAGUCCGGGGCACGUUGUCGUAAUUAUAUAAAUUUGCCAUCCACCAAAAUAGUGUUGGUUGAACGGGCCUUUAUGAAAUGGACUUUUCAGAUUUCAUUUAUCACCGACAAUGGAAUGAUACGAAAGUAUCAUUUUAGUGUUGAUUCACAAGAACGUAGACGCACUUGGGUUGAAAGCAUAAGAACCAACGUUUUAGAAGAAAAAUUACGAUCAAAUAGUCUUACAUCUCAGGUGGACCCAACAAAAGCAGCUGAAGCAGUAGCUUUACGAAUAUUGAAAGACACAUUGAUUCCUAGUGAAAAUGCUAUUAGGGAAUUUACGGAUACCAUUAAAGAUAGAUCAAGUUCAGCUACUAAUGUACUUGAAAACAUUUCUAAUGGGA